CGAAGCGAAAGCCGAGCUUAACCCUGUUAAGAAGUCGACCCUUUUCGGUUCAAAAACACCACAAUAUUUUCAUCAGAGACACCCCAGUGGCUAUGUUUUCUACUCUUCCUUCUCUCUUUCCAAUUGGAUACCAUGCUGCGUAAAAGGCAUAUUCAGUGCUAAUUGUGUCUAUGGAAUCUAUUGGUUCUGAAACAAGGACUUCUUGCAGGUUUGGUGACCGUUCAACCAGUGAUGUUGUUGUAAGGCUACGAACGCACGAUGGCCGAGAUGAUUGGAUAUACUGUCACUCCCAUAUUCUCAUCGAAAACUGCAAGUAUUUUGCUGAUCGCCUCUCUGAGAAUUGGCCAACAUGUCAGAUCAUCGACUCGCGGAACUGCGUUGAGGUUUACUGCCGAGAAUCGGAUUUUGACUACCGUGUCACUGUUCUUCGCCUUUUCUAUGUUACCGUUGAUGGCUCUGUUGAGGACAUGUGGCACGGUGUCAAGAACGCUCUCGGUAUACUUCGGGUGGCUUCCGAACUUGGAUGCCCAAAAAUUGUUACUGCUUGUGUGAACUACUUGGAAGCAGUUCCCUGGGAAGAGGCUGAGGAGGAGGAAAUUCUUAAAACCAUUCCAAAUAUGGGCUCUCCAGUGGAACCAAUUCUUGCUCGUCUCCAACCGGUCAAGCCAUCAGCGAUCAGGAGGAUAUUUCUCUCAUCGAUCCAAUUUGCCAUGUCUUCCCCUCCGCCCUCCAUGAAUGACAUCAAGUCGUCUGCCCAAGAACAACUUGAGUACAUGCUAACUGAAGAUGAUGAUUCCCCUUUGUUAAUAGCUGAUGAUGAGAUAAAAUCCACGGUGAAAGAAUGCGUGAACCGACUAUUUUUCAGAUUCAACAAUCUAAUAGAAGGUAUGCUAUGUGAGCCAAUGGAUUCAUCUUCUGAGGAAGGGAAAAUGCAAAUGUUUCAAUACCUUCUGUCGGAUUUGUCGUGGGGUUGUCAGAUGUUGAACAAGUUGGAGAUUAUGAGGGACUUUGUCCAUAAUUGGAUGGAUGCAUCAGAUAAGAUAGUUAAGGUUGUGGAGCAAGCAAAUCCAACGGCUGAAAUUAUUGAGACAAAGUCAAAGGUCAUUGAGGUGGCUGCAAAAGUCCUAGAGGCAAUAGGGUACGGCACGGUCAUUUUGCCAACCGCGAAGCGGCUCCAUGUGGUGAAGGUAUGGCUGCCUUUUGUGAGGAUCACAAAACCCCUGAUUGAUUCUCUCACAAGUCAUGAUGAUCAUGAUCAUGAUCAUGAUAAUGAUGAAACUCCCACACUCAAAAUCGAUACCGAGCUUUGGCAAUCGCUCGAAUCCACAUUCGUUUCAAUAAUUCUUGCGUUGCCAUCGGGCGAGCAGGCUGAGAUUUUGAUGGAAUGGUUGGCUAAUGAGCAAGUACAAUAUCCAGACCUGACUGAGGCAUUUGAGGUGUGGUGUUACAGAUCAAAGGUUGCCAAGCGAAGACUAUCAUCACUAGGAGUAGAUAGUGAAACAGCCAGUACAAUUUGACCUCUUCACUUGAACCCUUUCCCCAUCUUUUGUUAUAAUGGAUACCAAGUCCGGAUUACCCUUGUUUAUUAAGGACUUUGUGAAGGUUUUAAGAACCCUUUUGUAAGGAUCAGGCAAAAAUUUGAGGAAAUUAGUUUUCAAGUUGUAUUGUCCUGAAUACUCUGUAUAGAUCAGAAGCCAUAUUUUGAACUUCUUGCUAAUUGUAAAUUUUCAUUUUCGGCUGUGUUA